GAAAUAAGCUAAUUACAUAUCGUUUAUUAUUAAUGAUUGAUCAAAUAUUUAACAACUCAAGCACAGAUAAUUAUUAUCAUGAAAACGAUUGAUAAACCAAAACAUUGCUGUUCAGUCGCUUAAGUAAUUAAAUGCCUUGACCAAUUUUCAAUGAGUGCUUUGGACUAAACUUCAUCUGAUUAAACAAUCCAAGAGGUCUGUGAAUAUAUCGGCAAAUGACUUCAUUGGAUCUGAUUACCUAGUAAGGCAAAAGCUUUCUUGAAUUGGAGAUGUUGAACAGCCGUGUUUAACAAGAUUAACAUCAAUUGCUCUAGUCUAUUCCUUCAUUUUAGAUUAACCCUAAAUUGGAUUGUAAAUAUAACGAUAUUUAAAAUGAAAAAUAAUUAAAUGUCUAACAAUUUGUAAGUUGAGCACCAUAAAUCAAGAUUUAUCAAUGUUAUGUUUAACAAUGUUGUAAGAUUUUCAAAAUCUGUAAUGUAUUCCCAUCUCCUAUUUACGUUGUUAUAUACAGCUCGAUAUAAACAAAUAUUGAACAUGAACCGCUUCUGAUUAAGAUUAACCAUUAUCAUGUUAUGCUCGUAAAAUGUACCAGUAACUUAAGCCUUAAUCAGGUUUUUUCUCACUGUUUUAAUAACUUUUGUCUACAAUAGAUACUUGAGAUUUUUAGUCUAGUAAUUAACAAUCACUGCAAAUGUUAACAAAGGCACUUUAUUUACGAGCCAUGAGAUGUCACUGUUAACUUUAUUGUAGAUGAUUUUGUUUUCAGUUAGCAGAUAAGAUUAUCUUAUGGUGAAAACGAAUGUCUCCAUUUAUUAUUUGUGUUUAAUAUUUUCGAAACGAUUAAGUUAUGGAUUUGCCGUUAACCUUCAACUCUGAUAUUCAUGAUCUGAACAAGAUCAGUUCUUUAAAGAAACAUUACAAUUUUCUAGGAAACACCAAGCUUGAAGUUUUCAAAGUUGGAUUAGGAACUGGUAUAAGCUUUGGCUUGGUUGAUUUUGAUGACAAUGGUGAACCUUUUGGAAACGAGUAUGAAAUUAGAGCUACAACUGUGAUUAAAGCUUUACAAGAAGGUAUCAACUAUUUCGAUACUGCACCACUUUAUGCUGCUGGUAAAGCUGAAAGGGUUCUUGGAAAGGCUAUUCAAGGAUUACCUCGAGAAUCGUUUUACCUCGCUACUAAGGUUGGAAGGAACCACCAAUGUCAAUUUGAUUAUUCGCCAAGAGGAGUGAGGGAAACUUUCGAAACAAGUUUACGAAAUUUACGAGUAGAAAGUGUCGAUUUGGUUACAAUUCAUGAUAUUGAAUUUGCCGAUAAUUUGGAAUCUAUCGUGAAAGAUGUCAUCCCAAUACUUGAGCAAUAUCGCAGAGAAGGAAAACUUCGUUACAUUGGUUGUUCGGGCUAUCCUCUGGAACCACUAGUUAAUUUAACUCAACUAGCAAAAGGUAGAUUGGACACUUGUCUCUCUUAUGGCCGAAUGACUCUUUUUAAUACUGAUUUGAUGAAAUGUUCUCCAUUAAUCAACAAUUCUUCAAUUGGUUUGAUUAACGCAUCUCUCCUUGGAAUGGGCCUUUUGACACCUAAUGUCCUUUUAAAUCCUCCAGUUCCAUAUUGGCAUCCAGCUUCCCCUGAUCUGGUAGCAGAAUGUCAAAAAGCUGCUCAGCUUUGUUUGAAAGAGGGAGUCAAUCUGGCUAAAAUCGCAACACAUUUUUCUUUGACAAAAUGUCCUCAAACUGCUCUUCAUUUGAUUGGCAUGAUUACGCCUGAUCAACUUGAAAACAAUCUGUCAGUUCUGAAAGGUGGCUUAACUGAUCAAGAAUCGAGAAUAGAAGCUGAAAUCAGCCAAAUGUUUAAUUGUGUAAAAACACACUGGGAAGGAGUUGAAGUCUCAAAAUAUCGUCAGGAUCCAAAGAAAUUCACUGACAAUUUGCUUUAUGGACCCCAAGCCUGAUCUAAUUUAUAAAUUAUCUAAAUGGAACCAAUUUAAUUUUUAACAAUUUUCAAUUUUGUAUUCAACCAAACAUAUGUUGGCCAUGAAAAUGGCUCAAUAAACUCAAUAGUUUUACUUACUCAAA